AACUGGUCAAAAGAAAAAGCAUGUCGAGAAAGAUGUAAACCCAAAGGGGACAGCCAAAGCAGAACCUACGCCCGGACAAUAUAUUGUAACUGGUUCGAGAGACAAGACCAUCAAAAUUUGGGAUUCUACAGGACAAUGCGUUAGGACUCUGGUUGGUCACGAUAACUGGGUGCGUGGUCUCGUCUUUCAUUCGAGUGGGAAAUAUCUUAUCAGCGCUUCGGAUGAUAAAACGAUCAAGAUAUGGGAUAUCAAGACUGGUCGCUGUUACAAAACUGUUGAAGCCCAUGCACACUUUGUGACUUGCAUCGCGUUUAAUCACGGAAACCCUGUGGUUGCUACAGGGUCCGUAGAUCAAACGGUGAAGAUCUGGGCUCCGUACAGGUGA